AGUUGGUAAGGCCGCCCAGGCUAAGCGACGCUGGACCGGUGCAUCGGUGGUGAGGGAGACCCGACUGUCGAAUGGGGAAAGUGAAACCGUAUAAAAGCGGCCGGCCGCAUCAGUCAGCAUCAGAUCAGUCACAAUGAAGACUAAGCUGUUCGUGUUGGCUUUGUGCGCUGUGCUCGCCCUCGCUCGCGCCGAGGAGGAGAAGAAGGAGGCAGCCGAGUCGGCCGAGAAGAAGGUCGAGGUUGACGCCGGAGAGGAGAAGAAGCAGGAGAAGCGCGGUCUGUUCAGCUUCGGCUACGGAGGCGGAUACGGAGGCGGAUACGGAGGCGGAUACGGAGGUGGUUACGGAGGCGGCUAUGAAGGCUACGAGAGCUACGGAGGUGAACACCACUACGAGCCUCACAGCCACAUCAAGUCGAUCGUCAUCAACAAGGAAGUAGCCGUCCCCUACCCAGUGCACAUCGAGAAGAAAGUGCCAUACCCAGUCAAGGUGCCCGUCGACAGGCCCUACCCAGUCCACGUUCCCAAGCCCUACCCAGUCCAUGUUGAGAAGCCCGUGCCCUACCCAGUCAAGGUCCAUGUCCCUCAGCCAUACCCAGUCCAUGUUGAGAAGCACGUCCCUUACCCAGUCAAGGUUCAUGUUGACAGACCAUACCCAGUCCCUGUCCCCAAGCCAUACCCAGUCUACGUCGAGAAGAAGGUGCCCUACCCAGUGGAGAAGCACAUCCCAUACCCAGUGAAGGUUCCAGUUGACAGGCCCUACCCAGUGCAUGUGCCAGUUGAGAAGCCAGUGCCCUACCCAGUUGAGAAGCACAUCCCCUACCCAGUGAAGGUGCCCGUCGACAGGCCCUAUCCAGUCCCAGUGCCCAAGCCCUACCCAGUGCCCGUUGAGAAGCCUGUCCCCUACCCAGUUGAAAAGCCAGUGCCCUACCCAGUCAAGGUUCCAGUCAAGGUGCCAGUCAAAGUGCCCUACCCAGUGGAAGUGAAGGUGCCCGUCCAUGUGCCCGUGCAUGUGCCAGUCAAGGAGCACCAUCACCAUGAGGACUACAGCAGCUACGAAGGUGCCAGCUACGAGGGCAGCUACGAGGGCAGCUACGGCCACUCCUACCAUUGAGAAGUCUCACCAAACUCUCAACAGAUCUCCUCAACUAUUCACUACUCUACUUGACGUAAUUGUCAUUGCUACAACUGACAACAAUGACAACUGCGUCAACAUCAUAAAGACCAGCUAGCCAACGAGCUAGCAUCGAGUGAGCUCAGCCAUGUGAGCCACACAGUGAGUGAGCAACAACUAUGCAACAGCAGUCGCAGCAUGCUUCUUGCUUCCUCACAGCAUAUCAAACCAAAAUAUUUUUAUAUUACUAUUCCGUAAAUAAAUUAUUACGUUUUGUACUAAA